AAGAGGGUGAAGUUGAGGCUGCUGUGGGGGAGCGGCCGUGUGUGAAGUUGGGAAGGGACACGGAUCUGGCCGGAGCUGUGUCAGUGCUGCUGAGGUUGUGACUCCUUGCUGGUGCUCUGCUGAGGAGAUGCUCACUAUGCGGGAUGUGGUGCUGCAUGUAAAGUUCACAGAAAUGCAUUUUACGAGUAUUUGCAUGGUUAUAAUAAUUUUAUACCAAGUUUUUGAAAUUAGAAACGCUCUAGUGGUACAACACUUAUGGAUUAAGCAGAAACUUAGAGGACAGAGAGAUAACAAAUGUAAUAAUACAUAUUAUGGAAUAAACUAAAAGAUAAAAGGUAAAUAUCAGAAUGUACCCGAAUUUGUUUCAUUUUAUUAAAUCCUAUAAACUAUGUUUUAGGCCAGAGGGAGGAAGACUUGGAUUCCAGAUAAAAAUAUUUUAAGGUAAUGACUAGGUGAAGAAGACUGACACAGCUUUGAGCAAAAGAGGGUGUGUUAUUUGGGACAUAAAGAACAUAUGCAACAAAACCUGUCUAAAACUAAGUGAGCACCACAGUGGGAAGUUUUCUUUUUCAUGGUGGUCUCUACACAGGAGGUUUGGGAUGUAAGACAACCUUUGCUAGUUAAAGACCAUAUGUGCAGAAUGACAAAGUGGGUCUUGGAAUAAACAUUAGCUGUGAUGGACUGCUUUUCUCGAAGUCUGUGGGGCUGCUUCUCCCCAUAGGCACUGCACUUGACUUUCAGUGUGCUCACUGAGUUGAGCUACAGGCUGCAGGGUGAGUUUGAGGGAGGUGACAGUUGCAGAGAAAGUGAUUUACAAUAAUCUCUCCCUUUGGAAACUGUAGUUCUUUAUUCCCUUGUACAUUGUUAGGCAUUGUAAGAACUUGUGAUUGAAAAUCACGGUUCUGGGAGAUAAGUAUCCGUUGUUUGGGAUGUGUGGUGUUCUGGUUGGUAGAAGUAGUAUGUGUAGCAAAAAUACAGGUUUGGGGAAAGGCUGGUUCUAGUAAGUAUAAAUUUGCUUUCUUUAGAGCAAUGUAUUGUUAGGAUUAACUCUGCCUCCAGCAAUCCUACAGGAUGCCUACACAGCCUAAUUCCUUAUUCGGGUAAUGAUAUUGUUUGCAACAAUGAGAAAGAGGCAGGGAUCAUCUGAGCCCAGUACCUGUAGAAUUCAAGUCACAUGUCCCCUUAAACCAGUUUCCGAUUUGGCAGUGUUAAAGGGAGCACAUCACAUACUUAUCUUUGGGACAGGUUUGCUGGACACAGUUAUUCCUCCCAUAUUGUUCUUGAAUUGCUCACUGCCUGGGCUUAUUUUUCACCGGUUACUUCAGUUCCCACUGUGUUCACUCCACUUGUGCGGGCUACAUGCCUUUGCUGGAACUCAGGAGGCUGCGCAGCUGGAUCACAUCAAUGGAGGAUGUCUCUAGAGGGGAGGAGAGAUUCUUAACAUCUGUACUUCUCAGGAUCUGGCAUGAUAAUGUCAGGUGGUUCUGGAGUUAGGAGUUCAGGAUUUUGCCACUGGAUUUCUCAACCUUGUCUUACAUUUAUACCCCUUCAGUGCAGUUCAAUUGUCCCAUUUUAUUUGUAAUUACUGGCAUGCUGCUGUGCCUACAGAUUGAUUUUCCCUGGAGGAUUUAGUUUGUGUGACUCUACUCCAAGUAGGUCACCUUGACUGAGAUGUUUUACACACUGUGUUGCCUUGAGCACCCAGACUUGAUUUGUAAUUCAUACAUAGCAUAAGUGUAAGCUGCAGCUGAACCCCAGCUGGAUUCAAUGUUCAGUCUUUCAGCACCUUAAAUCAAGCUCCUUCAUUGGCUUGCUGCAUCUGCAGGAACUGCAUUCCAGCAGUCCUUUGGUUCAUGGCAUUGCACUCCUGUGUGCUUGAGGAGGGGUGGGCAUUUGAACUGCAACUGAGAACUGAAUGGCUCCUUGCUUUCAGAGUCUGAAUGUGGCUGCUGGGAUCUAUCUAUACUGUGAUCUAUACAGUGAACACAGUGUAUGUACUGUGAAAACGAGAUGCAGUUCAGGCAGCUUGUAUCAAAUUUCUGUGCUGGCAGGCAGAGUUGGGCUUAAUGACUGUUAUGUCAAUAUAAAACUAUUGCACUGCUAGGCAGAGUUAAAGUCUUCAUCUUACAAGAAAUGCUGGUGUUGACAUUUAGCUCAAUGAGGGCCUGAAUUUCCAGAAUGCAGAAUAUUUAUACUCAAUAUGUGAUUUGUAUAAUAUUCAUCAAACCAAAUUUUCAUCAGUCAAAAAAAAAAAAAUGAUCUCUGGAUUCUUAGGUUCGGUGUAAAGGAUAAGGGUGGUGGGCUUAAAGAGCACUUAGCCACAGAUCCCACAUUUUAAAAUUCACAGUGCUUUACUCUUCCUGCCUGAUACAUAGAUUAGAAUGCUAUUUAUUCCCCACAAAAGAAAGAAACAAACAGAAAACCUUUGUGAGCUCAUAAAACAGAUCAUCCACUUUCCCUUUCUGCUCAGUUUUCUGACAUGUAAGAAAACCUUGCCUGGGUCCCAAGGAAUUUAUAGCAUUCUCUGAAAUGAGACUUUAGUUAAUAGUUAAUAUGUAAUUGCAUUCCCUUUGUUAAACUUGGCAGUGAUGGAAUUUCCUGGUUGAAUUAUAUAUAUGGCCAGUGAAUCACUGAUACAGCCUCCACUAUCUUUGGCAAAAGCCAAGGUUUUGGAGCAAAGCUGAGAAGAAAUCAUUGGUUGAUCUUUAACAGUUACCAUUUAAUGUGUAACUGCUCUGAACCUAGGUGCACUUGCCACUUUUGAAAACCAUCUGCAUGGUUUUAAAAUGGCCAAGAGUAGUGGUUUGACCCCAGCUGGCAACUAAGGCACAGGCACUUGCUCACCCCCCUGGUGGGACGGGGCAGACAAUCAGAAAAUUAAAAGUGAGAAAACCUGUGAGUUGAAACAUAGACAGUUUAGUAGGUAAAGCAAAAGCUGCACUUGCAAGCAAAGCAAACCAAAGAGUUCUUUUACCACAUUCCAUGGGAAGGCAGGUGUUCAGCCAUCUCCAGGAAAGCAGGACUCCAUCAUGUGGAACAGUGACAUGGGAAGACAAACACCAUCACUCUGAACCUCCCCCUCCUUUCUUCUCCCAGCUUUAUAUACUGAGCGUGACUCCAGAUGGUCUGGGAUAUAUCCCUGUGGUCUCUUGAGGUCAGCUUUCCUGGCUGUGCUCCUCCUUUCUUCUUCUCCCAGCUUUAUGUACUGAGCAUGACUCCAAAUGGUCUGGGAUAUAUCCCUUUGGUCUCUUGAGGUCAGCUUUCCUGGCUGUGUUCCUCCCAACUUCUUGUGCAUUCCCAGCCUCCUCACUGGUGGGGUGGGAGGCAAAAAAAGUGUAAUCCCUGCUCAACAAUAGUGAAAACGUCCCUGUGAGCACUUUUCAGCACAAAUCCCAAGCACGUCUCCCUGCCAGCUGCUGUGAAGAAAAUGAACUCUACCCCAGCCAAAACCAGCACAUGAGAUAUGGUUGUGCCUAGGGAGCAAGAUGACGUUGCAGGAGCAAGGUCCUCCAGUGAUCUACAGUGUUCUACUUGAUCACCUUGUCUUAAAAAUACCAAUUGAAUGCAGUUACGUUUUUAAUUCUUUUCAGUAGUUAAGAUUUUUUUUAAUGUAAAUUGAGAAAUUGGAAAUAUUGCCUGAAGGGAACUUUCAUAUGGAAAAAAAUCUUUGUUCCUCAGUUUCUGCUCAAAGAGUAAGGAACAGACUUUGCCAGGGGCUUUGCUUUUAACCUCAUUUCUGAAGAAUUGUACAAGCUCCAAGAGAAGCACAGUUUUAUUUCUUUUUUCAUAGUGUACUUAGUGCACUUUAUAAUGUCUCCAGCAAGAAAAAUGAGUAACAAACUGGAAAACAAAAAAAGAAAGAGCAAGGUAAGUUUUAAAAUGAUGAAGUUAAUUGCAGUGAUUUAGUUGCAAAGUGCCAGGUAUUUGGGGAGGUAUAGCUGACAAUUGUAGAUAGCUUAUGGGAGGGAACAAAUAAGAAACUUGUUCACAGUACGAGGAAAAUGGAAAACAUAGUAGUGACAUUUUAAAGUGUAAAAUACAAAAUAUUUAGGACAUGCAUUACUACAAUUACAGUGGCAUGACAGAUUUCAGCUUGUGGUGGGAGGAGAAAGAAUUGUCAAAUUUUAGCAGUCCAAAUAUGGCAGUUAAAUUAUUUGUGUGUAUGUAAAAUCUUCUUCAGAACACAGUUCAGCAGCACUUAACUUUUUAGGUUUUUAAUUUUUUUUUAGAUUUGGAGAGGUCUAUGUGCCUUCUGUGCCAUGUGGGAUAUUUGUCAUAAAAUCAUAGAAUGGUUUGUAUUGGAGAGGACCUUAAAGAUCAUCUGUUUCUGACUCCCUGCCAUGAGCAGGGACACCUCCCAUAGACCAGGUUUCUCAAAGCCCAUCCAACCUGGCCUUGAACGCUUACAGUAAUGGAGUUUCUCCAGUUCUCUGGGCAGUCUCUUCCUGAAUUAGCCCAGCCCAGGCCCUGGCACUUGGCCUUGCUGAACUUCAUGAGGUUCCUUCCUUCCACUUACUUCUAUACUUAAAGUGUAUGUUGUAUUAUAUACUACUUCUGAUAAAUACAAAGCUAUAUUCACUCCAAAAAAAAAAAAAAAAAAAAAAAAAAAAAGGAAUGUUUAUGGAAUAGAACUUUCUCUGAGGAAUGUAGUUGUGUUGCAGAAAAUGUCGUGUUACUUGUGUGUUAUCCAGCACAGGGAAGAGGGUAAUGUGUGUAGAAAGUAAGUAAAGCAUAGAAAGAAGUUUUAUAAAGAUAGGUCCUUCAGGUUCUGUGAGUUAUCUCUUACUUCCAGCCGGGCUUUUCCUUUGUUGGCAGCUUAUUGUAUUUGUAUAGGUAUGGUGUCAGCACUAGGUUCAUAUUUAAUAGGAGAAAUAUGAGAACACCAUCCUGUUUUCUUUAAUCUCUUAUCAUGAGUUCAAAGCAAAUGUUCAGAGGUGUGUCCAUACAUGUACCACUGGAAUGACACAGAGGCAGAUUCAGUCAGUGUUUAUUUUCCAGCAGAUCCCAAGUGGAGAAUUUGGUGUAGUAGCACAAAAAAUUUAAACUUUGCCUUUGGCAGUUUUGAAAGGCUGGUUCUCUACUUCUGUGUUGGGCUUUGCAUUUUAAUUGAUACACAAAUGCCUUUUGUUGGUUGAGCAAUAGUAAACUGAUUAGUCAUCAAAUGGAAUAAGACCUAGGAAAAAUUACUCCUGUAACUUGGCUUUUUUACUCUAAAAACUGUCAGCAGUGAAAACAUUUCACAGUUAGGCUGGAAGGAAUUUAAUUCACCUAACAACAUCACUGUGAAGAUUUGGAGCAUGAUACUAGUUAGUUUAUUUUUCUUUUUUUUAAUUAAACUUUUCUUGUGACAGUAUGGAGGAGUAAAGAAAUAGUUGUCAGUAGAGGUUAUUUUUGUCAAAUCUUUUGGUGAAUUUAGCUUACUUUUUUGUUGUCAGACUUGCUGGAAUUUACUGUUAUUUUUUUUCUUAUCUUUCAUCUACUUCUUCACAUAAUGUUGGGUGCUUGGAGUUUUUCCUAUAAGUUUCUCUGAUACUCCCUGUAAUUCUGAUUUUUAGUCCUUCUACAAAGAUUUUGAGUCCUUACACAAACUUAAGAGUAGAAACCAGUUCAUAAACUAAUCCUUAAUUUUGCACAGGAUUUUGCAACAGUAGAUACUUAUCAGCUGAAAUCUUCAGAAAUUUAUACCAUCAGAUCUUUAAAAGACAAAAUCUUAAGGUUAAGAAAAGUUCCAUAAUCUUAUUGCUCUGUAGUAAACUCUGAUUAAUAUCAAGGAGUUUUGGUGUGCUGUUUAUUAAUUCAGAUUGACUGUGGUUUAAUUUCAUCUGCAAAUAUUAGAAUUUACCAGUAUUUUAGGAGGGAAAAUGUAGGGAUGAAAUAAAAAUAUUACAUUUUAGCCUGGGUUGGAGGUAUUACAAAGGGAGAUGAAAACCUGCAACUCAGAAAUGUAUUUAUUUUUUAAUUAAUAUUAUGAGCUGGAAAUACGUGAUUUUCCACUUUAAAAAAUUUGCUUCUUUUGAAGAGUUAUUGUUCAUACUUUGGGCAGUAUGGUACUUUGAGCUGAAAGUAUUACUUCCUGUAUAGAUUGCUUUGCUUUGUGUUCUGAAAACCUUUCCAGGGUCCUUCUCCUUUUUACUUGCAAGGAGAACAGCUCUUCACAUAGAAUCCAAAUUUAAUGCAGCUGUGUGUACUGAAUCCAAAUGUUACCUGGCUGUAAAUGCCACCUUGGCUUCCUGUGUGUUGGCUCCUGUGUAGGGCUGCCUUCCUUGUGGCUGCAGGGUGUGGCCAUGGCACACGGAAGAAAUGACGCAGAAGGAACUGGUUUCUUUUUGCACAUAGACUAACAGAAGAGAAGAGCAACGAGCCCAGUCCCUGAGAUGAGUUUCUUAAUAUUUUAGUCAGGAAACUGCACACCCUGGUGUAAAGCUCAAAAGAAAGAGUUCAUGUCACCACUCUACUUCCAGUCUUUGAAUUAGCAAACCUAAAUCUCACUUUUCAAACAGAUGCAUCCUGCAGAGUACCAAGCAGUGCAUCCAAAGCCCAGUAAGAAACCUAAGGUGUAGCUCUGUACAGGAAAUGCAAUGGGAACUUCACUAUCAUUGUUGGUUUAAGAUCCAGGUGUGGGUUGUUACUGAAGGCAAUAAUUCAUUUAUUCUGGGACUGCACAGCUGCUGCUCUGAGGGUAGCAGGAGCUCAUGGCUACAAGUGAGCUCUUACCCCUCUUGACAGUCACCUGUAAAUCUAAAGGUGUUGUGAGACUGCAGUCGAAGAUAGUCUUUAAAGUUCAAUAUUUUGCUCCUUUUUUGGAUUGUUCCCAGUUUACACAAGAGGUCCAUGAGCUGAUAAGCAUGUCUUUUCAAAGAGAAGGGACCAGGAGAGCUGAUGAGGUGUUCUGUGUGCUUAGCAGAGCGUGGUUAUGUUAUUGACAUGUGUACAUUUCAGAACUCUAGUUCCUGCUCAGUGAACCAGCUUGUAAGUACAGCAUGAAACUUCACACACUUGCUGUCUACAAGCCUGUCUUGUUGACCCCUGACAGGACAACUUUUAAAAAAUACUCUUAUUUCAGCUAUCAUGCUGGACACUUAGGUUCCAUUCUAUGUGCACUUUUGGAACUCUGAAAUGCAUUAGUGACUUACAGUAAGGAAAUAUUUCCUGCUACUGGUGCCUUUUUGAGAUAUAUUGUCUGGGGAAAGUUCACUUUUUUUAUCAUGAUUUCUGAGGAAGACAAGACAGAAGUUAAAGAUAAUGGUGUGAAAGGAAAAAGUCAAGAAAUGUCUGCCAAUUUAAAGUACCUUUCCUUGGGCAUCCUGGUUUUUCAGACCACAAGUUUAGUGUUGACCAUGCGCUAUUCUCGGACACUGAAAGAAGAAGGACCUCGUUACUUAUCCUCUACUGCAGUAGUUAUUGCUGAACUUCUGAAGAUUUUGGCCUGUGUUCUAUUAGUCUACAAAGACAGCAAAUGCAAUUUACGGACUCUGAACAGAGUGCUACGUGAUGAAAUCCUUAACAAACCCAUGGAAACUCUUAAACUUGCUAUUCCUUCAGGAAUUUACACUCUUCAGAACAACUUGCUAUAUGUAGCAUUGUCAAACCUAGAUGCAGCCACAUACCAGGUUACCUAUCAACUGAAAAUUCUCACCACAGCAUUGUUUUCUGUAUCCAUGUUGAGCAAGAAACUGGGUGUAUACCAGUGGCUGUCACUUGUAAUAUUGAUGACAGGAGUGGCAUUUGUGCAGUGGCCUUCAGACUCUCAAGCAACCCCUGCUAAGGAGCACUCAGCAGGAUCACAGUUUGUAGGCCUGAUUGCAGUUCUCAUAGCAUGCUUUUCUAGUGGAUUUGCUGGAGUUUAUUUUGAGAAAAUUUUAAAGGAAACUAAGCAGUCUGUGUGGAUCAGAAACAUUCAGCUUGGAUUUUUUGGUAGCAUAUUUGGACUUAUGGGUGUUUACAUUUAUGAUGGAGAACAACUGUCAAAGAAUGGAUUUUUUCAAGGAUACAAUAAACUUACUUGGGUGGUGGUUGUUCUACAGGCUCUUGGAGGGCUGGUGAUUGCUGCUGUUAUAAAAUAUGCAGACAACAUUUUAAAGGGAUUUGCAACUUCUCUCUCCAUUAUACUGUCAACAUUGAUCUCCUAUUUCUGGCUGCAAGAUUUUGUCCCUACAAGUGUCUUUUUCCUUGGAGCCAUCCUUGUAAUAGCAGCUACUUUUCUAUACGGUUAUGAUCCCAAACCUGCAGGAAAUCCCAUUAAGGCAUAGCAGACUUCCUCAUCAACCUGCUUCUCGAGAUCAUGCACUGGGGGCCUUGCUGGCACUGGCAUGUGGGAAGUGUCACUGUGCACUGCAAGGGAAGGAUGACUGCCCUGAAUAUAUUGAAGAAAUGCUGAUGAGUAGUUCUGGACAGCCAGAGGGGUUACAGGUGGAGGAGGGUGAUGCUGUCUGCAACUGAUGGGGGGGGGGGGGGGAACGUCAGGGGAAUGCCCAGUGCAACUUGCUAAUAAAAACUUGAAAGGAACCAAAAGUUUCCAAGAAACUACAAUUAGGAAUGUUUACAGCUUUGACUGAGAUUGCAUCAAAAGAAUUACUGUAUUGACUGCUGCAGAAAUAUGUCCUAUGCACUCUUGGAAAGAGCACAUGACAACAUUGUCAGAUUGUAUGUUUUUGCUAUUCAAUUCUAUUUAAUCUUAGUAAAUAUGUUUUUAACUGUUUGUCUAUUUACGUGAAAUGAGCUGAAAGUCAUAGUUCUAAAGUGAUGGUUCUAAUUAGGUACUCCUUAUUAAAAAUGAAAAUUGAAGUAUAAUUGAAAGACACUUUCACAAUAUCAAAUAUUUUUAUAUUUUUAGAAGGCUGAUUUAAUAACAGAAAUAUGUUAUUAAAUGAUAAUAUUAUAAUUCUGUUGCUUCUAUAAAACUAUGGUAAGAAUGUUAACAUUCUCACUGGAGUACCAAGGGAGGAAUACUCCAGCCUGCAUCAGCCUGUAGUGUUGGAGCAGAUGGAAUAACUCUGGGAGCACGGGCUGGAGGUUACCACGCUAAUCUGGGAGCAGCAGUAGGGUUAUGGUGGGUGCUUGCUCAGAUGUGAUGUUGAUUCUUUUUUUUUUUUUUUACUGAUUAUAAAUCAACUUUUUGGUAGAACCUUAAAAGUAGCUUUUGUGCUUUAAAGAGCCUCUGAAGAUUUUUUUAAACCAUGAUUUCAAAAAACAAAGAGCCCAUAAUAAGCAUUUAAAGGCAUUAUCAUUGUCUGUAAUAGCUCCAUCUGGAGAUAUUCUGGUAUGGCAUCUGUAUACUGUACUGUACUUUAUUACAGAGGUGUUUUUUAAACAGAUGUUUACUCAUGAACUCUUCCAAGCUUUUUCUAUAUAUUUCUAUUUAAUGGCUUAAUUAGAAUUUUGGUGGGUUUUUAUUAAUUAUUAUUAUUUCGUUCUGAGAGUACUUGAGCCAAAAUGAGUUAUCUGGACCUAUUUGUUCUAGUGGUGGAAUUACUUUAAUAGUAAAUAUAAUUUAAAAGCAAUUAAUUGUGCAAUAGGUAAAUAUAAAAGCAUGCUGUUAUUCUGUUUGAAACAAACAAACAAAAAAAAACUUCACAAAGAAACCUUGCUGCAAUUAGAUCAAUUAGACUGUUAUGAACACUUCACUUGAAGUAUUUGCAUAUAGUCAGAAACACUAAAAAAAUCUGAACUAAUAAACAAAAAUCUGUCUUAAAAAUCAUUGGUUUUCAGGUUUACAAUGGAUGUUAAUGUAGGGUGAUUCGUGUGACACCUGUGGUGAUACUUUUAUAUCAAAGCAUUGUAGGAGUCCCUUGCCAGUAGAAUGGCAAGUGGUAUAAAUGUCUUUAUUCCUUUGUUCCCUGCCACCACCCCUCCAUGCUCUUUCUCACAUCUGUCUUGUACUAAAGAAAAUGUGUAAUAGAAGGGUGUUUUGAAAUGUUUACCUAAGUACCUCAUCUGAUUGACAAGGAGAUUCUGUAGGAGUGCUCUGAGAUUUCUUAAUGAAGUAUUGUGAAUGGUAAAGGAAGAAUUCCAUUUAUGUCAGUUAAGUAAAAAUAGUGUUUUUCUUCUGUUGGCAAUUACAUGUUUUAUCAACGUUUUGUUUGUUUGUCUUAUCAGAGCAAGACAUUAAAGAAAUAUCAGAGCUCUGCCUAGGGCUUGCUAAGCUUUGUGAACUGUGAAUCUGUCCCAGCAUGUUGUAAUUGCAGUAGCUUUGCUACUUGGCGAUCAAAACUAUCUAAAUGGGCAUUCUGUGUUACUAUUAAAUGUUUUGCAUGUAAUAUCCAAUGUGGCACAAUCUUUGAAAAGUCCCAUUUAGCCAUUUCCCCCUGCAGUGCAGCCUGAGGUAAGAUGUGUGUGUAGAGCAAGCAGUGGCUCACAGCGGUGCCACGUACAGAAUGGGAACUGCACUGCUCUGAAAUGAGGUGGGAGGUGUUGGUAGUAAUCUCUCAAAUGGAGUUUGGCCCUACACAAUAAUACUUUUGAUUUCGUGAGUCACAGUAGUGGGAGUGUUCAAGUGAUAGAAUUGGUUACUUUCCUAAGAAAAGUCUCCAAAAAACAUAAAAAGCAGGUUGCGAACACUUUAAAGUUGGUUGUACAGGAAGGGACCAAAAAAGCCAAAUAAUUACCAUGUGGCUGGAGCUCUAUGACAUGUAGCCUGGUUUUAAUAUUUCAGGUGCACCUGUCAAUAUUUGCCAGGAUGUUUAAAGGAAAGACCAGGAGUAUGUGCUCUUUGCUUUGGAAAAGGAUGCCAUGCAGCUUCGGAAAACUGCCUGCUGUACUAAGGAGCAGUAGCUCCUUUCUGUAAAGGAACAGUAACUCCUGUCUGUAAAUCAAUGACUUCCAUGCUUUCACUUGACAGUCACAUUCUGUUUUCCAGCAGAAGGAUAGAUCUCAUCACAGACUUGUUGCAGAAAAGGAAAAAUGAAUUUGCAUUUUUAGCUGUGUUUCCUCCCAGAGAGGAAAGGCUGUUCUCUGAGGUGUGGCUCUGGACAGGUAGCACGUGUUUUCUGAGAACAGGAGGGAUUUGAGGAGGGCUCGCUGAUUUCUGUAACCUUUGCACCGGGGAGCAUAUGCACAUUUUCUCACGGAGAUACUUUUGUAUUUGGAUUUUUAUUUUUUUAAGUAGCUUUAAGUCUAUAACUCAUUAACUAACCAAAGAGGAACAGCUAGCACAGAGUUUUGGGAAGUAGUGGAUAAUGUGCUUUGAGUUUGCCCUAAAAGCAAAUGCUGUAGGAGUCUAACUUCCCAAAAAUAUACUUGUCUUUCUGAACUAUUUUCUGACUUUUAGACAAUGGUUUUGUUAGUUAAGUUGUAUAUUUAGGAGGCUAACCGAUACUUAGCAGAAUUUUGUUUAAAUAUUUAUAAAGUUGUAGCUAGCUAUUUAUUUGUAAUAACUUGAAUUAUGUGAUUUUCCUUUCUAGACUUAUAUAUUGGGUGUACUAGUAUUUAUUGAAUACUUGGAUAUUUGGUAGUUUUAUUUGAGAAUAUCUGGGAUACAUGGUAAAUGGUCAAAUAACAAUAAAGUUAGGACUAUCUUCAAAGCAAAAUAGAUCAGUUCAGUGGUGAAAAAACUUAAAGUCUAAUAAAGUAAGAUAAACUUUUCUUUCAACAUUGUAUUUCUAAGCAAUCCACAAGUGCCCAAAAAUGUAUUUUCUCAAAGAAUUCAGAUAAUUGUAUAGUUUUAUUCAACUUCAUUGUUUUAGACAAACUUAAAAAAUACCUUCCUUUUUAUUUCAGUAAAGGGUAGAUUAAUGUUCUAGAUUCAACUUCUAUCGUAUAACACCUUUGGACUUUUACUACAAUGUUUUAAUAACUAUUGUGUUAUUUUUCCUCAAAAAGACAAAGCAUUCUCAUUUUGCUUGUGUUUCAUGCACAUGAACACAGGCCUCUCACAGACUCUUAGUAGUACACAAUUCUUUUGUAUUUCUAACUUAUUUUUUGGCUGUAACAAAAUACUGUAAUAGAUUUUGUUCAUUUUUUUUAAUUGAUAAAUGAAACAUUGCAUUUAUUCUGGUUUUUGUUGUCAGUAACUUUCAUAUUUGAAUGUAUUUCCUGAUCAGCUCUGCAUGUUCUGUUGUAUUUAAGUGAUCAUCAUUUCCCAAAUUUGAAUUUGUUGCUCGUUCUCCUGGUGACAGUGUUUCUUGCUGGAUAUUGUGUGGAGGUUUAUGCAUUCCUUUCAUAUCUGAAAUCUAUGUUUGUGAGAAUGAGUUAUUAAAAACCAGUAAGGGUUUUUUGGAGGUUUUUUUGUGUAUUAUAAAGGUAACAUUUAUGUAUAACAUGGUAUUAUACCAUAAAUGUAUAAAGUGUCAUUACCUAAGAUGGUGCAUUACUGUGAAAAAGUCCAAGCAGUGUUUCCUUACCUUUGUUUUAAUUGUUCUUUUCAUUUUUAAUACUGAUAAUGUUCCACAGGAAGAGAGUCCUGCUCUUUACAGGUAAGCUCAUUGUAUAUUUUUAGGUAUCUGAAAUUAACGCAUUUUACUAAAGAAAAAUUUGGGGCAAAAUGCAACAAAAUAUGUGGAAUUGAUUAGAUGAUGUCUUCUGCUUCAGUUACUGUCCAAAGCUCUGUUCUGUUGAAUUCUUAGGUUUUUGUAAGUAUUUCUCGGCUGAAUUUAUAACUCUUUCCAGAAGAGAAAAUAACCUGUCCUGACUUGCCAUUCAGUGCUUGUUCUUGUUCUUGAAUGUCUGCUGCACAUUUGUAUCCAGGAGUACACAUGGCACAUUAACUUGUCUGCAAUCUCCCAUCAUCAUUCUGACUGUAAUUGGCCAUAUUCAUUUCAUUAAUGAUUUAGAGCUCAGUAAGAAUUGCUUAUACGCUAAGCAUAUGUUUGUAUUUGCUGCCAUGAGUAUGAUUUUUUCAAUUUUUUUAAACUUUGUCCUUAUUGCCAAUAUAUGAGCCCAAAUAUAUUAUUUCAAACAUUGUAGCAAAAUUUUUAAGGUAGUCUUAGUUUUUUAUAUGUUAAUAUUUGUGUGUGAUUACACUGAAUGCAAUUCUAAUAGGUGGUGUUUCCAGGCAGUUUGGAAAAUGUUUUUUUUUUUGGUGCAACACUGCUGAACACUGGAAUGCAUCUUACAUGACCUAACACAGUCCUUCUUUUAAUCCAUGUUGAGGUAAAAUACUGUAUUUUUUUUUCUUCUGUAUGAGUAGAUAAUGUCACUAUAGUAAUAAACUGGUUGAAAUUAAGCAUUUUCUUUGUUAAGAAUAUGAUUAAAAACUGUUUGAGAACUUUGUUAAAAGGAGAGGCUUGCCUUAUGCAUAUUCUUGCAGAAAUAAAACACCAUUUUAAUAACAUUUAUUAUUUCACAAUAUAAUUUUAGCAUAAUUUUUUAUAAAUUCUAGAAGGCUAUUGGAUUUUUUUAAUGGUAUAUUUUAACAUACCACUUACUACAUGUUGCCAGCAAUUUAAUUUUGACUGAGAUGUGCUUCUUUUUGACCACUGCGUCAUUAUGACUUCUUGCAGUGUUCUUGUGAAACUUUUCUGGUCUGAAACCCCAGAUGUGCCCUGAACCAGGGGUGGCAGGGAGCAUCUGAGUAUCAAUACUAAGUUAUAUUGUGGGGUGGGGUUGUAAACUGUAACACUGUAAGGAGCUAUGAAUAGUUGUCAUUUACAAUAUAUCAAAGACCUGAACAGAGUUCACAAGAAGUUUCUAUAGAUGAUGAAUAACAUGUUUCUCUGCCUGUUCUGCAGAUUCAUAUAAUAAAACCGGGUCAUUUCACCACCA